AUGAUAAACGACUCUUUCAUUGAACCCGGGCAGGGCAUCACGGGUGGCCUCGCCAAUGGUCCCUGGGAGAUCAAAACCGCUCUCGCGACUCUUGCCGCCGUCGCUUGGUAUAAUGCUCUCGAACUAAUAGUUCUUGUUUUUGUCACUUUUCGCGAGUAUCAUGGACUCUACUUCUGGAGUCUUCUAAUUUCCGCGUCGGUCGGGCUCGUGCCCUAUUCCUUGGGCUUUCUGCUCAAGUUCUUCGAGAUUUGGUCUGCUUGGCUGUCUGCAUCUUUGAUUACCGUCGGUUGGUACUGCAUGGUCACCGGGCAGUCUGUCGUCCUUUACUCCCGUCUACACCUGGUCAUGCGCAACCAGCGUGUCCUCCGUCGCGUCCUGAUCAUGAUUUGCGUCAAUGUAUUCAUCCUACACAUCCCCACAACAGUCCUAACCUACGGCUCCAACAUCGCCCCCAAGGAAGACCAAGGACCCUACAUGCGCGGCUACAACGCCAUGGAGAAAAUCCAAAUGACCGGCUUCUGCAUCCAAGAGUUCAUCAUCUCCGGCCUGUACAUCUGGGAAACAACAAAACUGCUGCGUCUCGAUCCAGACCGCAGCAAGCACAAGGUCAUGUACCAGCUCAUCAUCAUAAACCUCAUCAUCAUCUUCAUGGACCUAGGUCUUCUCAUCAUCGAGUACAUCGAGCUGUAUGUCAUGGAAACAAUGAUAAAGGGCGUGGUCUACAGCAUAAAACUAAAACUCGAGUUCGCGGUACUCGGGAAACUAGUCCGUCUUGUCCACUGCCAUAUCUGGAAAACUGAUUCUGUGGUGCUGCACCACCACGACCAUCCGAGAUUCCAUCGCCACACGCCGACUGGGCGUCACCUUCCGGAUUUUGUCGAUGCCACUCGCGUCACGACGGACCUUACGCAUGCGCCGACUACUCGGCGACCGAGUACGCUUCCGCCAGCCGUCGCUUCACGUCGUCGCUCAGUGCCAGGGAUGGAUUACGAUGCUAUAUCGAUCGCAAUGUUUGAACACUCACCUCCGUCCCGAGCCUUCAACUCUUCUCAUUCAGACAUCGCGCCGGACGAUCUAGAAGCCCCUCGUCAUUGCCACCAUGCCAACGACCACGACCACGACCACGACCACGACCUAGAAGCCAGCCCGUCCGAGUUCUCAAAAUGGAGCGGCGACACCCGCACCGUCACGAACAACAGUGCCACGAUGACCUAUCCGGUCGAUUUUACAGACUCGUUGGAUAAACAGUGUUCUGCGUGGCCGUGUGAGCGGUCUUGA